AUGGCUCCAAAGAGAUUUCGAAAGAAUGCUAAAGGUGUUUUCUCAUCUGAGGUUGAGUUUGAUGCCACCAAAUUUAUUUCUAAGGAGGCAUUCAAACGCUAUCAAGAUGCGGUAGUGAAACAGAAAACGAUGAUUGAAGAAAGGGGAUUCGAUAUGGAGAUUCGUCAUGGGUAUCCAUCUAUUGCAGAACAGAUUGAGAAAAGACAUUGGACAAAAUUUUGUUCACAACCAGAUGCUGCAAUAAUCCCUAUUGUCAGAGAGUUCUAUGCUAAUGGAAUUUCUCAAUUUACAGCUAUGGCUACAGUGCGAGGAGUUAAUGUGAACUUCUCAAGUGCAUCCAUAAAUCAAUUUUAUGGGCUUCCUAGCAUUGACAAUGAUGAGUACAGCCAAAUCGUUGAUAAUCUUGACUUGAAUGAGAUUAUCCAAUUUCUGUGUAAGCCAAAUACCCAAUGGAAGUUAACUGAAACAGGUCAUCCUAUUAAAUUUAAGAGAGAGGCGAUGGGAGUUAUUGAAAAAGCAUGA